AUGGUGGAGAAAGGAAAUACCCACGUUUUGGUAUGCAUUGACCACGCUACACGCUACGUCGAUGCAUCAGCUGUCCCCAGCACGGCUUCCAUCGACUACAUCAACUUACUGACGAAGAGAUGGAUCCCCAGGUUCGGGGUACCGGAAAUAAUCAUCACAGACCAAGCAAGAGGAUUUGUGAACCGAAACACGAAAAGAAUUCAUCGACGUCUUGGUGUGACACACACCACAUCUCCACCAUAUUGGCCGGAAGCCAACGGUCUUAUCGAAAGAAUGGUAGGAACAAACAAUCGUCUCGACUGGCAUAUCGCAUUGCAAGAUGCAGUAACCGCCGUUAACGUCACGAGACAGAGCUCAACGCGAUACAGCCCUUUCUGGCUAAUGAACGGGUAUGAUCCAAAACUUCCAGGCGAACUAAACAUUGGAAGCUAUGAUGAUGGCAUCACAGAAACUGAAAGAUUGCUGAACCUUGCCAGGAGUCGAUGCGCUGCAAAGCAAAAUUUGGAAAAUAGCCAGACGCUGGCGAAAGCCCGGUACGAAGCCGACAUGAAGACACCUUGUUUUAACGUCUGUGACUUCGUAUACUGUAUCAAAGGAUCUCGGUGUAGAAGCCUGGACUCUCUAUUUGAAGGACCGUACGAAAUCACAGAAUUCAAAGACAGCAGUACUGUGUUGCUGAAAAGAGCCGUCCCCAUAGAGGGCAGAUCCAACUCGAGACUAGCAAAUUUACAACAGCUACAGAGAUUCGUCGCAAGAGAUAUCGAGCCAGUCGAGCUAUCAGACUCUAUAAUAGGACAGGCGCUAGCAAACCAAGUGGAAACAGAGGGAUCUCCCGAAGGCGUUGAAGAGCCAGCUGGUUCAGAGCACAGCGGAGAUGAAUUGGACGCAGCAGCUCAAAAUGCAACAUCAACAGCCAAGGGAACGAAGGCCUCCAGCAUACCUCCGAGACUAUAUGACAAAUUGAAUUGA